AGUCUAGCAAUGUCUUCACUUUUCAAAGUGGUUUUACUAUUAUUGAGCACUUCAGGUGCAGUUACUCUAGAUUGGAAGGAUAUAUUCAAACCAAAACCUCUUCAUGGUCUUUCGCCACAAUGCCUGAAUGAUACUCAAACAUGGAUUAAAUCGUUGGAAUUGUUUGCUGGGGUAUCAGAAGCAUGUCUCAAGAAGCAAACUUGUUCACUGAAAGAGCUCAAAAUUUUGAAAGCAAACUUGUACGCUAUCCAAGAACUCGAUUCUUUCGGAAAAUUGCCAGUUCCCGGGAUGCUCGAAGUUGCAACCUUAUAUGACGGAUCUUAUCAAGAAUGCAAGCGUGUUAGUGGUGUAAAGUAUAACACGAACUACUGUUACCUUAUGCUCAAACCUGGAAAAAAUGCAUCAUGCUCGGCAUCAGGCUCGUCGAGUGCAUACUCAAUGCUUCCAAUGAGACUUGCGGUAUGCUUACCAGAUUCCUGCAAUCAACACGAGAUAAUAGAUAUCUUCAACCAACUGUCUCCAUAUCCGUUUACUGCGUGUCACGCUUACUGUUCUGAAUAUGAAGUUAAGAAGGACACCCCAUUUUGGGGUUUUUCCAUCUUCCUAAUCGUGAUGGUGGUGAUUGCACUUGCUGCUUCUCUGACCGAUUACAUCAGAGAUACCGUAUAUGGAAUUAAAUCAAUCAAAGAGAGAAACGUUUUUUUGAAAAUUCUUCUGUCAUUCUCGCUCUGGACGAAUGCUGAGCUUCUUCUAUCGGUGAAAGAACAAAAACCAGGAUUCAUCAAAUCUCUCGACUGUAUCCGACUUUUCUCAAUGUGCUGGGUUGUAACUGGACAUUCGUUCAUCUAUCUGGUGUUGUCUGAUACUUUCAUGCCGGUUAUAGACUUUCCAAAACACUUUUGGAAUCACUUGCUACUGAAUGCUUUUGUAUCAGUGGACACGUUCUUUGUGCUUUCUGGACUUGUACUAACUUACAUGUUUUUCAAGACAACACCAAAGAAAAAAAUGAUUGUAAAUCCCGUGACCUGGAUCAUGUUUUACGUACAUCGGUAUCUCCGAUUGACUCCACCAAUUAUGUUAUUUAUUGGAUUUUUCACGGUUUAUGCUCCAUAUAUUCAAGGACCAUUUUCAGCUUCACAAAUGAAUCAGUUAGUUAUGGAAGCAGAUGAAUGUAAAACAACUUGGUGGCAAAAUCUACUUUACAUCAAUGAUUUUGCAUCUUCAAAUUCAAUGGGUUGCUAUGGACCAACUUGGUACUUGGCCGUUGACACCCAACUGUAUCUCGUAGCUCCAAUUGUUCUCAUCGGACUCUACUUCUCGUUUGCUGUUGGAACUGGACUAAUUGUUGCUGGAUGUGUUGGCAGCAUCAUCACUACUUAUAUUUUGUUCAGUGUUUACAACCUUCCAGCUGAUAUGUUUGGAAAUGGAAGUGGCACCAACUUUUUCACAAUUGCGUAUGAAAAACCAUGGGUCAGAUGCCCGCCAUAUCUUGUUGGAAUGCUUACCGGCUAUUUGCUCGCUGUCUACGGAAAUAGAAAAAUCAGACUCAACUGGGUGCUGUCUCUUGCUGGAUGGAUUAUAGCAGUUGUUAUUGCUGGAUUUUGUCUUUUCGCGACAUAUGAUUACGACAAGGGGUCACACUGGAGUGUAUUCACGAGAGGAACAUUCUAUAAUUUCCAUCGUCUUGGAUGGGGAAUGUUUAUUUGCUGGGUGGUAGCUGCUAAUCAUAUGGGAUGGGGAGGCCCUAUUGAUAAGUUUAUGUCUCAUCCAAUCUGGCAACCAUUUGGAAGGCUAUCUUAUUGUGCUUAUAUAGUUCACUGGGUCGUACUUUUCUGGUUUUUGAAUGUUGGUGGACAUGCAACACAUUACUACUCAGCACUGGAAGUGUUCACUUACACAUCGAUUCCAGCGACUUUUCUUUCGUAUAUUUUUGCAUUUUUCUGGAGCUGUUUGUUUGAGAUUCCUACCUUAAAACUUGAAAAAAUGCUGAUUGAAGCAAUCCUGGGAACCGGAAGACCGUCAAAUAAAGUGGAGCCAAUUGAAACCGGAAAAACUACACCAAUUCUUGAGAAAAAAUUAGAAGGGAAUGGAUGGAUUGAGGAAGUGAAAGAAGAGAAAUUUGAUGAGAAUACCAAAGUUUGAAGUUCGGUGAAACGGAAAAAAAAGUUAAACGUGUUUAAAUCUUUGAUCUCAUUUUAUCUGUGUUUGAUGCAAUUGUGAAAAUAAAUAAUUAAAAUUGUAA